UAAAAACUUUUUUGUUUUCUGUCGAAGCGGUGGGCUCUUUUAGUUUUUAACGAAGCUUUUCAUUUGUCCUUUAUCCAUCACUCAUUGAUUCAGACGACGAUCCGGAGGAAACAAUACAGUAGCCGUGUGAAGAAGAUUCAUAAUCAAGUUCGUUCCUUUUUUUUUUCAUUUGUCUGCGGUUGAUGAAACUUUAGGGUUUUGUUGUGUUGUGCGUUUGGUUGGUUAGUUAUAAGUUUAUGGGUAGCUUGAUGGAGAAGACAAUGAAUGGUUUACGUCUCCUUGAUUUAAGCAAGCGGAACUUCAAGCGAACCCUUGAUUCUCUCGAAGAGAACGCUCGCUCGCUUAUCCUCCUUUCUAUUCAGUGGAAAGAAAUCGAGGGGUUUUGCGAUUCCACCAAAGCCGCUCUCGAGGAGCGAGCCAAGGAGCUUGAAGCGAUGGAGGAGUCUUUAAAGGUCCGAGCUUUGGAGCUGGAAGCGAAGGAGAAGGAGGUUGAAGCGAAAGCUAGCGAUUUGGAGAAGAAAGAGAUGGAGAAAAGGAAGGAAGAGUUUGAAGUGUUUACGAGGAGGAUCGAAUCGGUGGAGAAGGUUUCCGAUGAGAAGGUUAAGGAACUUGAGGAGAAAGCAAAAGAGCUUGACUUGAAGGUUAGAGAGCUACAGCAGAAACAGAGAGGAGGUGUUACAACAGUGAGAAGUGAGUUUGAGCCAUUAGUUUCAUUGCUGGCUAAAAGCAUAGGGACAAAUGUGUCAAUGCCUACAAACUGUUCGACGUUUCACCUGAGUGGGGAUGAUUUGGUUAAGAGAAACGAACGCUUGGCGAGGAUGAUCCCGUGUUUGGACCCAGCGAAGCUUGUUUUGGAUGCUGUAGAAGGGUGUUUUAAGGAAGGUUUUGGAGAAGGUGAUGAUAGACGUGGUAGUGUUGUUGAUAGUUGCAUCCUUCUGUUAGAGAAACUGAUGGAGAUGAAAGUGUGUGUCACACGAGAAGUGAAACAGGAAGCGACUCAACUUGGGAUUGACUGGAUAAACAAGGCGAUAAUAACCGAUCCGAAGAAUGACUCGCUGGUUUUAGGUUGCUUGGUGUUUCUGGCUGCUUACGGUUUGGACUUUGUGACUACUCCUGAGGUGCUCUUAGACCUUUCAGAGAGCUUCCUUCUGUAUCAGCAGGCCCCGAAACUGUUUCGGCGUCUGGGGUUAGAAGAUAAUGUUUCUGAUGUGGUUGAAACUCUAAAGAUGAAAGAUGAGUACGUGGCAACGCUGAGAUUCAUCUGUGAGUUCCGGUUAUCCAAGCUUUGUCCAGGAUGGCGACCAAGAACAGUUUUGCAUGAGUUCUUGCAAUCCUUAACUAGAGUUGCCGGAGUAACUGAUGGAACUGGAAACUUAUUGGAGGCGGAGAAAGCGAAGAGGGAGAAGAGAAAAGCUGAUGCAGCCAUGGCCCUUGACUGUAUCAGAGAGAAGAAAGCUGAGUCCUUAUUUAAUGCUAAUACUCUUAAAGAACUGAGUUUACUGGCGAAGAAAGAUUCAGCCCCGAGAGCAACGGAACCAGUUCACAAAAGUUGUGAAAAAGGACAGAACACGGCCAAUGCUGUUGAGAAAUCUAAAGCUGUUUCUGUCAUUCCUUGUGAACAGAAGAAUGAAGCUAAACGUCAAAGAUUAACCGAACCAAUAACUCCUUGUCAGAACUCAACAGUGAACCAGCUCAAUGUUGUGUCCCCUCCUUGUGGGGAGAAGAUUGAGGAAUUAGUUGUACAUCAUCAGCCAGAUGCCAAAGCAACGUCCCCAUUAAGCACCGAAACUGAGCCAAACAUUCUCUCUGGUUCAACUAACGCGGAAACGUUAAGGAAGCUAUUAGAAAAGCAACCUCCGAAGGAGAGUGAUAUCUCUAAUGCUAUUAGAUGCUCCCCAGAUCCAGCAAAGCUUGUUCUGGAAACAUCCAUGGCUCUUUGUCCUAAAACACCCGAAGGUGGCUACGACUUCAAACUGCUGGUUACUUCAGAUAUAUGCCUCAUAUUGUUGGAUCAGCUGAAGAAGCUCCCGCUUCAAAUUGAACAUCCUGUGAAAGACGACGCAAAGAAACUUGCGGUUCACUGGAAAGAUGAGAUUUCAAAGAGUAAGACGGAUGAAUUGGAAGUCGUUUGUUUCCUAAAGUUUGUAGGUAUCUUCGGGAUUGUGUCAGAAUUCAAGGCUAAUGACCUUCUAGCUCUACUAGACACUUCUUACUGGCAAACUGUAUCUCCUGAUCUUUGCCAGUUUCUCGGGUUGGACAGCGCCAUUCCAGGUUUCAUUCAAAACCUCAUAAAAAGUGGGUAUCGUCUCAAGGCAGUUGACUACAUAUACUCAUUUGGUAUGGUCCAUAGAUUCCAUCCUGUCUCCGCUAUCAUAAACGAUUCCAUGAGGAUUACAAAGGAAUCUGCGGAGAAGUCAUAUAGAGACGCCAAGAACGAAUCUGCACCACAGGUUGCAGCCAUAGAGAGGCAGAUCAAAACACUAAGAGCCGCCAUUAAAUGCAUAUCGUGUCACAAACUCGAAUCAGAGUUCCAACUCGGAGACCUCGAGGCACAAAUCAAGUCACUGUUGAAACGUAGAAGAAACCUAUUGGCUGGACAUGGAUCCGGAUCAAACCCUAAUUCGACAGUCAAGCAGUCCCAACCAAAUUCAGCAGAGGUUGGUUCUGUCACCAGCAACACACCUUCGGAGCCUUCAACGACAGCUGCUUCCUCCUCGGUGACCAGACCGGGCUCCAGGAGUAACAUGAAGAGAGGACAAAAACGCAGCUUCUCUGAAAACAAACAGAGCUCAGGACGCGUUACUUCAACCCCAAGAAAUGACUUUCACGGGAAUGAAGGACAGUCUUAUCCUGUUGAUCAUCAUCAUAGCAAGAGGUUUCACCGGAACUUCUAACCCCGUCUUCAAUCAUAACCAGUUGUCACAACCAGAGGGACCUCCCCAGUUUUAUCUACAUUACUGAUCCUUUUUACCUGAACAAUUUCUUGUGGAUUAUUUUGGGCUUAUUUUGUGUGUAAAAGAACAAAUAUUU